AUGGCGAAUUUGUGCAUACGGAAUUUCUCACUAGGAGUUGUGCGGAAUAUUGUAAGAUCAUCCCCGCGACGGUUAUGCACAGCCACACAGCAAAAGAACGGUCCGGAAGAGACGUCUGCUGAAAAGCCCGAACAGAGCGUUACUGAGAAGGUCUUGGCUGAGAAGACGCAGUUGGAGGAGCAACUCAAGGAGAUGACGGACAAAUACAAGCGGGCCUUGGCGGACACAGAGAACCUACGGACAAGGAGUCAGAGGAUGAUUCAGGAUGCUAAAUUAUAUGGGAUCCAGGGCUUCUGCGAGGACUUACUGGAGGUGGCUGACAUUUUAGAGAAGGCGAAGGAAAGCGUGCCCAAGGAUGAAGUGACGAGCCAGAACCCUCACUUGAAGAACCUCUACGACGGCCUAGUAAUGACCGAAGUCCAGAUCCAAAAGGUGUUCACCAAGCACAGUCUAGUCAAGCUCAACCCUUUCGGCCACAAGUUCGACCCUUACGAGCACGAGGCGCUCUUUCACGCCCCCGCCGAGGGGAAAGAACCCGGCACGAUCACCGCGGUAACCAAAGUGGGCUACAAGCUUCACGGGCGCACCCUCAGGCCGGCGUUAGUGGGCGUGGCUAAAGCGUCGUAA